AGUGGCUGCGGGACAAGAAAUUUAGGAAGAUAGAGCCUCUUGAACGCAGUUGUAUUAAUAGUUCCUUCUUGCAAGCUUGUUGGCUCUCUUGUACGUAGUUGUAAUAGUUCCCUCUUACAAGCCUGUUGUGCCACUAGAACAAGUACCGUGCGUUUGGUUGUAACGCUGCUACUUAUUUACUUUUCAUCUGUGACUGGUCAUUGUUUCUCCUCUCGCUCUCGUCCUACUUCUCGACCAUAAAAAUGGCAGCCUCUGUUGCGUGUCUGAGUGCCUCAAGGCAGCUCUUCAGGGGUGGGCGCUCUCAACGCUUAAGUGUGGCUCUAAACACAUCACCCAGUGGUGUUAUGGCCAGAGCGUUUGCGUCACGAGCGUUGGGGGCAGGAAGCUCUGCAAGCAGUAGCUCGCCAUUAGCUGGGGAAAAACCUUUGUCGCAUUCAUCAAGUUGCUCAACGAUGCUGUCAUCUGCAGGCAUGAGAAAUUCACCCACAGAGGCCAAUAAGCUUUCAUCGAUAUCCUCGCGAUUAGGUGUCCCUGCGUCAAGUUUUAGCAACUCAAGACUCCUUCUUAGUCAAACGCCACGACGUCGUAGCUUCGCAACAGCAACGGCAGAUCCUUCAGCUUUCGACCAAGCUCAAAGAGAGAGCACAACUCCGAAUGAACAACAGAAGGAAGCGCCUUCAUCGAGUUCAAAAGACUCGUCUUCUUCAGAUAAGGCGUCUUCAUCUGGAGGAGAUAGCGGAUCUUCAGGCUCAGAAAAUAGUGGCGGCGAUAAGAAUUACGAGGAGUAUGAUACACAAUCUGCGGAAAAGCGAGUAGGAAAUCCAAUAGCAUGGGCAAACCCCAUGGCCGGACCGACGUUGGAUGACCAUUCGUCACCGCGCUGGAGGAAUGUGUAAGAGAAAUUGAUUUUGAUACUACUAGGACGUGCCAUUUACCGUGAUGAAGAUGACUACAGAAGUAGCCAUACUAUUACUAAUUCUUAUGAGUCUUGAAGAUCACAUUGGAGGAACGUCAAGAAUAUUAUUCAAUAAGUACUACACCACGACCACGACUUCUACCAUAUCGUCCGCUGAUCCCUGAUGAAUUUUCACUCAACAUAGGUAUCCUAUCGGUGCAGCACUUAUCCUGCUGGGCUGCCUGUGGUCUAGGAGAAAAAACCUCAAGAAGAAGCGAGAGGAAGAGGAGUUGCUCGAAGGCUCGAGCGUGGAUCUUGCGGCGGUAAAAUUUUAGCAAAAUAGGCUGCUUGAACAGUGGCGGUUUUUUCGUUGGGUUACGUAUCUACUACGUUGUGCUUUGGGGGGAUAAGAAUUCCGGUCUUACAUGACAAAGACAUCAAGGCUCACUAGCUGAACUAUUUCUUCUCGAAGAUGGAAAUAGAGUACUUAGGUGAGUUUCUUCAUUAUCCUCAUCUUCUGAAACUGAAAUCACACACAGGCUGGCGCUCGAAACGUCCGAUUUUCCGCUCCGCCGUCUUCCUGAGGCUGUUGAGGCUGUUGAGGCUGACACGGAUUCUCCAAUCUCCAUUCGCAGGUGUGAUAAAGAAAGUUGUCUCACCCCAAUCCAAUAUGCUUCCCUCCAAUUACGUGCUGUCAGUCUGCCAGAUCUCCCAAUUGGCUCAAAUUUUCCCCGUGUCCUUCCGUUUCCUCCAAUACGAAGAAUUACCACUGACAAACGCUCCACCUGCAGCAGAAAGUUGUUUUUGAUGAUCUUCGGUCUAUUGCGUGUAGUACUACAAGAUGAUGAAGAAGUCAAUCCAUUUCUAUACUCGCAUGAACAUGAUCUUAUAAAAACUCAUGAUACAUGGACAACGACAAGAAUCAUAAUGACGACAACUAACUACUACGCGUCGGAUAUUGCUGUGGCGAACGAUGUGAAAUGCGCAUAUGCCACAUCUUCAUGAGAAAAUGUUUCGUUUCAGUCUUUUGGUUUCUGAUGAACAUGUCAAUCCUUUCAAUUUAUUAACAUUCUUCUUUCAAUAAAGUAUGUUCUGGC